AUGUCAACGCGCGCGCAAAGAGGCGAUCGAGGCAAAACGCGAGGCGCAGGAGGCAUAGGAGUAGGAGCAUCGGGAGUCUUCUCUGCCAAGAAAGCGGGAGGAGGAGGAAUAGGAGGAUUACAGCAGCAACAGAAGAAGAAUACAUCGCGGUGGGAGUUACAAAACAUCCAUUGGGGCGGGGAAAGUCUCCCGAAUUCGACGGCGUCGGGAGUGGCGGCAGGGGGCGGGAAACCGGUCGUUCCUCAGGAAAAAACCGCUUUAGUCACGAAAUGGGUGAAAAGAAUCGAGAAUAUAAACAACGGUGAGAACAUGGAGACGAAGGAGAAAGAGGACGUGUUCGUAUUGGGAGGAGGAGGAAAAGGAAAGAAACGGAGGAAGUUGGAGGUGGUGAAGCGCGUCGGGUACGAGGUCAAAGUAAAAAGGAACCAACAACGAGCAGCAGAAGAGCAGUAG